AUGAUGGAUACAUCAGGAGGCGCCCCAACAGCAGCAACAACAGUGCCAUUUGCCAAUGCAGGCAAGAUCGACUUUGAUACUCUCGAUGAGAGUAUAGGUCGUAUAGCAAAGAAACAAAAGACUACACUGUCAAAGACUAUAAAGGACAUUGAUUCUAUAAUAGCCACACUCAAUCAAUCAAAGAGUCAAUUGAUGUUACUCGAUACAAUGAAUGAUGAUGAUACAGAGAAGAUGGAAGUGGAUGUAGCAGGGUUCGUACCAAAGGUAAUAAGUAACCUUCACAAGACACUGUCAGAGUCAAAGUUCUGUUUAAAGGUUCAGUCUGAGCACAAGGAGUUGCAUGCACCAGUGUCAAAGAUUGGCAAGACAGUGGACAAGUGCUUCAGAUCAGAUAUUGAACAAGCAUCAAAGGAUAUAGAGUUCGAUAGGGAUACACUCAACAACCUGAUACUCAAUCAUCUGUAUCGUGAGGGACAAUUCGAUGUUGGUGAUCUCUUUGCACAAGAGAUGGGAAUGAUGGGGGAGAGUCUAGAAUCACUCAAGAGUGACUUUAUCGAUCAUCAUGAUAUAGUAGGCUCGAUUGAGAAGAAGGACCUACAGCCUGCCAUCAACUGGUGUAAACACAAGAGAACAGAGCUGGCGAAGCUGGAUACACACUUGGAGUUCAAGCUACACAAGUUACAAUUCAUUCAUUUGCUUGGAUCAAAGAAGAACAAUGAAGCGUUGAUGUAUGCUAAGGCUCACUUCCCCGACCACAGCAACAGCAGGCUAAAGGAGAUACAGUCACUGAUGGGCACGUUCCUUUACACGGACCGCCUGUCCACCUCGCCCUACCAACACAUGUUUGAUCCCAAGUCCAUCAGCCAUCAAUGGAGCGACAUCAAGACAUCGUUCUCACGCGACAGCUUUGCCCUGAUGGGCCUGCCGCAGGAGAGUCCACUGGCAAUCACAGUGACGGUUGGCGUCAAGUCGUUGCCCACAUUCAUCAAGCUGGCCUCAUUCUCUGUGCUCAAGGAUGCCAACGAUGACUCGCUCACCGUUGACAUUCACGUCGAUCAAAAGUACAAGUUCCAUUCAAUCUUCUCAUGUCCAGUCUCAAGAGAACAAAGCACCAAGAACAAUCCACCAGUCAUCCUACAAUGUGGACAUCUCCUUGCCAAGAACUCCAUGCUCAAACUUGUCAAAGGUGCAUCAGGGAAAUUCAAGUGUCCAUACUGUCCGAUCGAACAGAAUGUCCGGGAUGUCAAGCAAAUAUAUCUGUAA